AUGGAUGUGGAAGUAACCUGCUGCUGCGGCGACGUAGCGCUGCGGAUCCGGGGCACGCCGGUGUCUGCUUGCUACUGCCAUUGCAACGCCUGCCGACGCUACACCAAGCAACUCUUCAGCGCCAUGGCGCUGUUUUCGCCAUCGGCGGUGGAGGUCCGGGGGACGGCGACGUCCUAUGCCACCAGCGCGGACCUCGCAAGGUUUCACUGUGCCAGGUGUGGAUCGCAUCUCUACGAGGAGGGGGGCGGCUUGCGCAUGGUGCCGAUCGCCAUGCUUGCCCAAGGCACUGAGAUACCAGAGGAAGUCUGGCCUCGUGCGCACAUCUUUUAUGAGAACCGGGUCGUGGAUGUGAGGGACGGGCUGCCGAAGUACAAGGAGUUCGAUGUGGACUUCAGCAAGAGCCCGCCCGAGCCGCAGGCGGCCAUGCCGGAGGGGUCGAUCCGGGCGCAGCCCCGCAAGCUUCAACUCUGA